AUGGAGACAGCAGCUUCAGAAUAUUUUUUUUCGGUCUAAAGCAGCUUCAAGACUUUAAAAAGAAAGAUUAAAAGCCUCUGCCAAAAAAAAAAAAAAAAAAAAAAAAGCCUAGAGAUGGAUAUGGAGACAGAGAGUAGAGGGUUCUCACUGUGAUCUCAGAAUAAUCAAGCCCAAUGGUUAAGGCAAAAGAAUCAUAUAAAAAAAUAUUAUUAGAAGAAGAAGUCACAUAUAAUGAUGAUGCGAUGAAGACACAGAUUAUGACGAAGAUAAAGAAGAAGAACAACCAGAGAAAUGGAGAGGACACUACUCGUCAAGGCACAGGAUGUUGUUGGUCGGAGAAGGAGACUUCUCCUUCUCUCUCUCCUUCUCUCUUUCGUUGGCUAGGGCUUUUGGUUCAGCUAGCAAUAUGGUUGCCACUAUUAUUGAUACUGAAGGUUACUCCUUUGUACUUGCAUGUUAAGGCAAAAGAAUCAUAUAAAAAAAUAUUCUUAGAAGAAGAAGUCACAUAUAAUGAUGAUGAUGAUGAAGACACAGAUUAUGACGAAGAUAAAGAAGAAGAACAACCAGAGAAAUGGAGAGGACACUACUCGUCAAGGCACACGAUGUUGUUGGUCGGAGAAGGAGACUUCUCCUUCUCUCUAUCGUUGGCUAGGGCUUUUGGUUCCGCUCACAAUAUGGUUGCCACUACUAUUGAUACUGAAGAGAACAUAAAGAAGAAGUACAGGAAUGGAGUGGCAAAUGUGAGGGAACUAGAAGAGAGGGGAUGUUUGGUAUUAUACGGAGUUGAUGCGAAGGAAAUGAGCCAACAUUUCUUCUUGAGGACUCAGAGAUUUGAUAGAAUUGUGUACAAUUUCCCUCAUGUUGGUUUCCUCUACCAUGAGGGUAGCUAUCGCCAAAUUCAGUUGAACAAGGGAUUGAUAAAGGGUUUUCUAUCCAAUUCCAGAGCGCUUUUGAAGGGGGAUAAUGGCGAGAUUCAUGUAACACACAAGGAAGGUGAUCCUUAUGACAAAUGGGAUUUAGUUAAGACAGCAGAGAAGCUGGGCCUUGUUAUGUACAAGACUGUUCCCUUCAACAAGAAUGAUUAUCCAGGGUAUAAGAACAAGAGAGCUCAUGGGAAACUAUCCGAUGCCCCCUUUCCACUCGGCCAUUGCAGUACUUACAAGUUCAAGCUCAAAUGCUUGCCGAAAUUCCCGCAACAUAGCAAGUCGGAAGUGCCAGAACUCAAGUAGAAAUUCUUCAUUGGAAGUGCCUAUUAUGCAACUGGUGCCUUCAUAUGUUUAUAAAGCUACCUUUUCUACAGUUACUUGCACCCUGAAAUCUGAAUGUUAAAAAUUGCAUCACAUAGUUUAAGGUUGUAAAUCUUGUGCACUUUCGCUGAAACCUUUGGGGUUGGCAAGGAUCUGCAUUUGGAAACUGCUUAGCUAGAAGGUCUGUAGUCAACCUGGAUUUAUGCCUUUAGUCAAAUUAUGCUGAAUUGCCAACGGUGCAAGUAAUUCGAUGUUAUGAAAAUUGAGUGGGCAGAGCUAAGCGCUUCCUCUCCCCAUCGCCACUGAUGAGUCGGGGACAUAAGUUCUAGUCCAGACUAAGGUAGGGAGCACGGACACGAGCCUGAUAUGCGUUUUUUACAUGUUGGACACACCUCCGAGUGUGUCAGAAUUUUUUAAUAUAAUGCAAUGUGCAGUGAGACAUGAGUUUAAGUAAUUUCCUGAGUUUAUUGCCAAGAAUCGUAGAGUUGCAAUCAACUGUUAGAGAUUACAUUUGGUGCUUGAGUUUAAAUUUACAAAUAGAGAGUUAAUGUCGUUAAGAAUGGAUUGAAGAGGUGGUGAUGGUUUCAUGUUUUCCUUUUUAUAGUCCUGAAUACAAAGAGUUCAUUGGUAUGGAAUUUCGACAUUUCAAGA